AUGCCUGCCUCAAUUCCUUCUUACUAUCCCGCGGGUUGGGACCGUGAGCGGAUUCUCAACGCCACUGUUAAUGAGAUCAACGACCUGACUAAAGAGCAGAGGGAAGUAUUUCGUGAAGGCCUGCGUGCCGACCUGGGGCAGCAGGGGUUUGAUGAGUUCUUUGACGAGAUGUUUAGGCGGGAACAAGAGGAAUCAGGGUUAUUAGGGAAUUCCAUCAAGACUAUUAAGGAGCCUCCCUUCAUGGAAGUUUUGCGCAUAUGUGAGGACCGCGGUAUCCGCUGGGAUCAGUGGGGGUUCGUCGUCUUCAAAAGCCCAGAGAUCGUUGAUGCGGAACAAUGGAUGGCUUGCAAGAAACGGUUUUCAGAAAUUAUAAACGAUUCUAUUGAUCCUUAUCGCGGAUACGCCGGACUUGAUGAUUGUGUCCGAAAAAUGAAGUUUCAAUGGGUAGAAGAUGUUAAAGAUGCGGGCGGGGGCAUUGGGUCUAUAUCACGAGCAUACUCGUCAACUUCUCUACUGCCAGGUUUGAACCAUAGUUUAUGCCUGUAUAUUACACCAUCGUCAAUGGACUCCAUCUUAAACUCGCCCUCCCCUUCGUCCUGUAAGAGAAAAUAUAGAACAAGAAUUCCUUUCGUUGUUGCCGUGUCUAAAGAUGUCAGUAGACAAGACUACAGUACAACUUACGGGGAUAUUGAGAGAGCCUCGUGGCGGGGCUUUUUCAAUGUAGCUGUCGAAACGCUACUCGAAUCCCUCUUUCCUAUUGUCGCAGAUGACUCAAUGUCCCCAUUUGAGAUUGGUGGGUGUGUUGCCGGCGAUGACGUCUGGUGCGAUUAUACGAGAUGGGGGGUUCACAAGGCCGGCAUAGGAUACUGGGAUUCGAGGACGGGCCAGGCAGGCAGUGGACUGUAA